CCUUCUAAUGACAUCGACUUCAUCUGUUGGCAUGCUGACUUCGGUGCGAUUACGGGAUUAGCUUGCGGCGAUAGAGCCUUGCUACGCAUUACUUCCGCAGCGAAGCUUCUAGAGAGUGAUUGUCGGAGAGAUUGAGUACACCGACCAAGGACCUAAAUACCGACCAAUACUAGUACCGUAAGCAAUGGCGCCACAUCGUAACUAAACUGCAUGCCAUGUGCGGCUUUGAUUCGCGCUUCAUUACUAAGGUAACGCGGUUGUACGACGCGGAUUGAAAAGCAACGCGGAUUUGGGGAUGUGGGGCCCUGUACCUGCAUCAUAGGCACGCAUAAUCACGUCUUCGUCGUGGUAUAUAUGAGAGAGCGUCUUCAUCGGUAGAGUCAAUCACACAAUCAACGAUACUCACACCCUCAAGAUCACUAUCCGCUCUACAACCCAAUCAAGCAUCCGAUUUGUUCUAGACUCCACUAUCAACACUUGUAGAACAUGUCUAUCAAAAACGUCAUCAUCAUCGGUGCGAGCGGCAACCUUGGACCCUCCAUUCUGGACGCUUUCCUCAAAGACUCCUCCUUCAACACUACUGUCCUCUCGCGCCAAGGCUCCAGCUCGACCUUUCCCGCAAGCGUCAAGGUUAUCCGCGCCGACUAUGAGUCCCACGAUAGCUUGAAAGAAGCUUUCCAGGGCCAAGAUGCUGUUCUGUCACUUGUCGGCGGCAUGGCACUGGGCGACCAAAACAAACUGAUCGAUGCCGCCAUCGCAGCGGGCGUGAAGCGCUUCCUUCCUUCAGAGUAUGGAAGCAACAACCUUGACGAGCGCGGUCACGAGAUCGUGCCCGUAUUCAGGGCGAAAUUCGAGACGAUCAAGUACCUGAAAACCAAGGAGAAGGAGAUUAGCUGGACUGGCAUCGCCACUGGCCCCUUCCUCGACUGGGGCCUCAGGGUAGCGUUCUUGGGUUUUGACGGCGAGUCCAGGACUGCUACCCUCUUUGAUGAUGGCGAAGCUGUUUUCUCAAGCACAAAUCUCAACCAAAUCGGUGUUGCGACCGUCAACGCACUCAAGAACCCCGACUUGACUAAGAACCAAUAUGUCUACGUCAGUGGAUUCCAGACGACGCAGAAGGAGAUCUUGGCCGCGGCAGAAAAGGUCACUGGCACGAAGUGGACUGUCAAGAAGGUUAAUGUGAAGGAACAUAUCGAGCAAGGCCGUGCCAAGCUCCAGUCGGGAGAUCAUAGCGGCAUCAUGUACUUGAUUCAAGGUGCGACGUUUGGCAAGGAGCAGCAACUUGGCGACUUCGCGUAUAUGGGGCUUUGGAAUGAAAAGCUGGGUGUGCCUAAAGAAGAUCUUGAGGAGACUGUCAAGGCAGUGUUUACUUGAGCAGUGGGUUGGUGAUGGUCGAUCUAGUCAGUCGUCCGAUGUAGUCCUAAUAUGCAACAUGUCUUAUAAUCGGUGUUCAAACUAGUUGCAAAUAAUACAUUAUGUGACCAU